CUAAACAGUACACACCCACAAUUGUUGCUUUUUCUUCACAGAGCCAUUUUUAUUGUACAAAAUGUUUGGAGAAACGUUUAAAAAUUUCACUAUAAAUUUCAACGCCUUUAAUCCGAGAGUGACUUUCUCGAGUGGUGACUUUAUGGCAGGUCAGAUUUCCUUUGAUCUUUCGAAGGAAACAAAGCUCAGUUCUAUAACAUUGACAUUAAAUGGAAAAGCAAAGGUACAGUGGACAACACAAGGAGGCGGCGGAGGAAGAAGAGGACGACGCAGAAGGCAACGACGAGUCCACUCGGCAAGGCUGGAAUUCUUCAACUUCUCUCAAAUUGUAAUGCAAGAAAAUAACGGUAUCUACGUUAUUACUUAGCUAACGACACUGUUACUUAUUUACAAAGAUGCAUCAUAAUCUGAAUUCUGAUACACCGGUGUAUUUAAAAGGUGUGUGUGCGUCAGUGUAUCUGUGUGUCACAUUGGAGUUAUAAUCAUAGCUAGCUAGCUAGCUAGCUGUUUUGUUGUGUUUAAAUUAACUGUUUUGCUUUCCACCUUCAGCGGUCCCUAACACCACACUUCAACCAGGAACCCAUGUGUACCCAUUCACAUGCCAAAUCCCACAAGGGUGUGUAUGAAGUCUAUUACUGUAUUUGUAUGUUUUAUUCAACGUUGUAUACUCAAGGUCUGACCAUUAUUAUUAAACUUGUUUCCAUUCAUUCAGAAACUUCCCCUCCUCUUUCCAUGGGGUGCAUGGCAGUAUAAUCUACUCGAUGAAGGUGGAGAUACACAGGCCAUGGCAUCUAGCCAAGGAGUAUGAGACUGAGUUCAACUUUGCCAGCCACAUAGAUGCCAACCAACCACAUCUUCUGGUAAGGGCAUGUCCUCCCAUUGUCUAUCUAAACCUACCUGGGCACUACGCCAACCUUGAAUGUCAAUGAGCUAAAUGUCAUCCUCUUAUAAUUGCCUUAUGUAGGUUAUCCACCUAAUUCUCUUUUGAUAUAGGCCUAUGACUCAUAUUAGAUUGGCUUGAGUUGAAGAAAGAAUUUCAGCAUUUGUCACAUAGCCAUACAAUGUGUAGCCUAUGUUUCACAAUAUCGUUCACACAAGUAUCACAUAUAAUCAGUAUCACAUAUAAUCCGAAUAAUUACUAAGUCUCUAUCAAUAAUCAAACAGUAUGAGCAGAGAGUUGUAACAUUGUUUGUUUCCUAAAUGGCACCCUAUUCCAUAUAUAUAGUGCACUACUUUUGACCAGAGCUCUAAUGGCCCUAAGGUGCCAUUUGGGAUGCAGUCAUUGUGAUCAGUACACGGUCCGUGUUAAGGAGGACAGUUAACCUGAACCCUGAUCUCUGUGUGUUGAACCCUGAUCCCCCCCCCCCCCCCCAAAUUGUAAAGUGGUUAUCCCACUGGCUAUAGGGUGAACGCACCAAUUUGUGAGUCGCUCUGGCUAAGAGCGUCUGCUAAAUGACGUUAAUGUGCCCUUGAGCAAGGCACUUAACCCUAAUUGCUCCUGUAAGUCGCUCUGGAUAAGAGCGUCUGCUAAAUGACUAAAAUGUAAUGUAAAUGUUGUUCCAGGCUCCUCUGGCAGGCAGCAACACCAAGACCCUGUGUUGCCUCUGGUGUGCCUCAGGUCCCAUCUCAAUGACUGUCUGCACUGAGAGGAAAGGCUUUGUCCCAGGUAAGUAAGCCUUGUCCAAGCCCGAAUGGCCCAAAGGGCAGGAGCCUAUCUCCUGUUUCUGUAGCGUUAGGCAGCUUGAUGUACAAGUACUCAGGAAGCUAGUACUGGAACAAUAAAAACACUUCCUUAGAGGGGCUCCAACCCUGAAACUGUUCAUCUUUGACAUUGCUGUAUUUUACUAGCCCUCAACAAUCCUGACCUUGUGAGCUCACAUUCUACGUGCACGAUGUGAAACGAAACAGGAAUGCAGCAGUAAGUUCUUGUUCACAAGGCUAGUAUUUUACAAGACCAGCAGACUUUGGUAUGCACCCAGAUUUGGUCUAUGAAGUGGGUCUUUCUUUGUGAACAAGGGAAUAAUUGUGUCAGAAUGUUAGCUAGAAAUGCUGUGUGUGCGUGCCUGUGAGUUGAAGCGCAUGACUGGUGAACAAAAUGAUAGCCUACUCAUGUCUAUUAUUGGCAAAUAAAUGGAGACUCGAUAGAAAUUCCUGCUCACUAAUCACUUGUCAAGUCUUCCAAGAUAGUCGUGUUUACACACUCGUAUAAACGGACAUCUUCUCACCUUUGAAUCCCCUUUUUUUUCUGUAGGAGAGAUGGUGAAAAUCAUCUGUGAGCUUAGUAAUGGCUCCUCUCGGACGGUGACUCCGCAUGCGACCCUUAUCCAGAAGCAGAUGUUUUACACCCAUAACAAGUGCAACAGGAGGUUGCAGAUGAAAAACCUGGCCUCAGUGGAUGGUCAGCCGGUCAACCCCAGUAGCUCUGAGGUCUACAGCGAUAUGAUGCUUCCCAUCCCUCCCAACACGGCUCUCACUAUCACCAACUGUCCUAUACUGGAGGUGGAUUACACUGUGGAUGUAGGUAUCCAUCUGGAAAUUAUGCAGCUUUUACUGCCAAUCCCAAAUCGACCCCUACCCCCUAAGCACUCCAGGAGAUCUGGGCCCGCAUUCACAAAGCGUCUCAGAGUAGGAGUGCUGAUCUAGGAUCAGGUCCCCCCCCCCGUCCAUGUAAUGUUAUUCAUGAUAUGAAACGCAAAACUGAUCCUACAUCAGUACUCCUACUCUAGAGACUCGUUGUGAAUAUGAGUCUGAGAGGUAUAAGCACUAUGGAAAUCACCCCUACUUGCCCUCUCGAUAGCCCAGGUGCAAUUUUUGCCGUAUUGCUUACAUCUGUAUAACCCUCUCAGAUCUCAUCAAAAUCGUAAGGUUAAAUAGGUGAUUGGACUUGCCCAAUGCUUAUCCUUCUGUUCUGAUGUUGUCUUCUCUUCCGGUUCUUCUCCUCUCCUGCAGGUGAGUCUACAUAUCAGAGGUUCCUCUGACCUCAAGGUGCUGUUCCCCAUUGUGCUGUGUAAUAUUCCUGUUUAUGCUCCCCAGCCUCCACCUCCAUAUCAGUAGGAGUAGCACUAGGAUCAAGUUGCCCCUGACUCUAAUCUAAGGUCAGUUCAGUGUUUUUAUACCUAGUGGUUAAGGUUAGGAAUUAGGCAGGAUAAGCAGCUCUUAGAUACGAAGGGCAACUUGUACCUAGUCAUAUUAGAGACAUGCAUAGUCUCUCACAACAUCUGAACAUAGGGAAUAUGAGGGUUACUAUGAACAAUUCUUCCGGUAAGCUGGUUUUUGCAUCACUGAUUAUUUGGACAAAUC